CUACUUGCCCAAAUCUUUCCCAUCCAUCAAGUGGGAGAGUGAGAGCGAGAUUCCGAUCUGCGAUACCAAACCCUAGCAUGGAUCGCCCUUCGAGCAAGCGCACUAGGGACGACCGCGACCACCGCGAUCGAGACCACAAGCACCGAUCCUCCAGAGACGACAAGCACCGAGACUCCUCCGAUCACCACCACCGUCACCGAUCUCGGCACGAGCGCUCACACGACGAGAUAGAUGGAAACCGAGACCGAGAAUCGAAGCGCGAGCGGUCGUAUGACGAUGAGAGGGAGAGGGAGGGGAGCAGAGAGAGAGACAGGCCCAAGCAUCGCGAGGCGAAACGUGAGCCGUCGGAUGAUGAUCGCGAGGAUCGUCAUCGCGAGAAAUCGUACGAUAGGGACGGGUCGGUGGAGAGGCGACACUCCUCGCACUCGCACAAGAGGAAGGAGAGAGGAGAGAGUGAGGAGAGAGGUGACGGUGUCGAGAAGAAGGCUAGGGUUUCGGAGAGAAGGCGGUUUGAGGAUGGGAAGGAAGCAAAUGGGGAAGAGAGGAAAGAGAAGAAGAAGGAGAGGAGGAGGUUUGAGGAUAGAGUGAAAGAAGAAGAGGAGGAGAAAAGGGAUAGGGGUUUGGAAGGUGGGAAGAGAGUGAGUUUGAGUGAGGUUAAGGUUAAGUUUAAGGAAGAGGUGAGUGAUGAUGAACAUUUUGAUGAUGCCCAGAGCACCGGCACCGCCAAUGCGAGUGGUUCAGUUGGGAAUGGUGCUGCUCUGGAAUCACUCACCAUGGAAUCCAGGAGAGUGCCUGAGACCUCUGCCCCUGGUCAUCCCCUUCCUACAAAGGUAUCUUCAAUUUCUACCACAAAUGAAAAUAAGGGAGUUAGUAUUACCAGAUCUCAUGAGGUUCCUGGAAAAUCUAGUACAGAUGGGUCAUCUUCAGCUGCUGGAAGAAGUGGAAUAACUCUUGAUGCUUUAGCUAAAGCUAAGAAAGCUUUACAAAUGCAAAAGGAAUUGUCAGAGAAGCUGAAGAAGAUUCCCAUGUUGAACAAGGGUUCUAACUCAAGCUCAGAUGGUACCCGGCAGUUGGGAUUGAAGGAAGGACUGAAAGCACCAUCUAUUGCUGCUGGAACAGGGUCAACUGCCCCUACAGCUGUUUCGGCAGGGGCAACAUCAAGUUCAUUAACCUUACCCAUAUCUGCUACAGGUCCUAGUGCUCCUGCUGGUCUCCCAGCUAUACACAAUAUUGAGGCAGUAAAACGUGCACAGGAACUUGCUGCCAGGAUGGGGUUUCGUCAGGACCCAGAGUUUGCUCCUCUUAUAAACUUGUUUCCAGGUCAGAUGGCAGCAGAUGUUUCUGUUCCGCAGAAGCCAAGCAAGGCCCCUGUUCUUCGCCUUGAUGCACUUGGUAGGGAGGUAGAUGAGCAUGGAAAUGUGGUGAAUGUGACUAAACCAAGCAACCUAAGCACUUUAAAGGUCAACAUUAACAAACAGAAAAAGGACGCAUUUCAGAUUCUUAAACCCGAGUUGGAUGUUGAUCCAGACUCAAAUCCUCAUUUUGAUGAAAGGAUGGGUAUUAACAAAACUAAGAUUUUGAGACCUAAGAGAAUGAGUUUCCAGUUUGUUGAAGAAGGCAAGUGGUCAAAAGAGGCUGAGCAUAUUAAAUUGAAGAGUCAAUUUGGAGAAGCACAAGCGAAAGAGCAGAAGGCAAAGCAGGCACAGCUGGCUAAGGCAAAGGCAGCACCUGAUAUUAAUCCAAAUUUGAUAGAGGUAGCAGAGAGAGUUAUCACCAAAGAGAAACCUAAAGACCCAAUUCCUGAAAUUGAGUGGUGGGAUGUGCUUCUUUUGCAAUCUGGUGCUUAUGGUGACAUUACUGAUGGAUCUGUGGCUGAAGAUAAACUGAAAAUGGAGAAGAUCACUAUCUAUGUAGAACACCCUCGCCCAAUUGAGCCUCCUGCUGAGCCUGCUCCUCCACCUCCUCAGCCCCUGAAGCUAACCAAGAAGGAGCAGAAGAAACUCCGUACUCAACGUCGUCUGGCGAGGGAGAAAGAUAAGCAGGAGAUGAUUAGACAAGGCCUAAUUGAGCCUCCGAAGCCGAAAGUUAAAAUGAGCAAUCUGAUGAAAGUUCUUGGCUCCGAAGCCACCCAAGAUCCAACUAGGCUUGAAAAGGAAAUCAGGAGUGCAGCUGCUGAACGUGAGCAAGCUCACAUAGACAGAAAUGUUGCUCGGAAACUCACUCCUGCUGAGCGCCGUGAAAAGAAAGAGCGGAAGCUUUUUGAUGAGGCAAACACACUGGAGUCCAUUGUGUCAGUUUACCGGAUCAAUGACCUGUCACACCCACAGACCCGCUUCAAAGUUGAUGUUAAUGCCCAAGAGAACCGCUUGACUGGAUGUGCUGUGAUUUCUGAUGGCAUUACUGUUGUGGUUGUUGAAGGUGGAAACAAGCCCAUAAAGAGGUAUGGAAAGCUUAUGCUUAAGCGUAUAAACUGGGCAUCUGCUGUAAAGGAGGAAGAUGAAGAUGGGGAUGAAGGUGAUGAUAAGCCUGCUAAUAAGUGUGUCUUAGUAUGGCAAGGAUGUGUUGCCAAACCGAGUUUCAAUAGAUUUACUGUUCAUGAAUGCCUGACUGAAGCCGCUGCUCGGAAAAUAUUUACCGAUGCUGGUGUUGCUCAUUACUGGGAUCUAGCCGUUGACUUUUCGGAUGAUCAAAUAUAAUUGGAGAAUUUGCUUUGAUGGAAGUUUCUCGUUCUAUUUGUCAGAUUAUUUUUGUUCAACUUGAGCCUGCUUCGUCCGGUAAGUGAUGAGUUCCAGAAGUUGUCGAGGAUGCAGGGUUUCAACUGUAGGCAACCAUUUAUUUGUGGAUGUAAUACCCAGCGGAGAUGUUAAAAUCAAGUGUAGCGCACGAAAUUGCCCAAAGUUGGACUUUAAAUGCAAGUCGCAGGAGUUGAGACUGAAUGGCAUUCAUUCUUGGCGUAUACCUUCCAUCUUUGACGCAAUUGGGAGCUAUACAUAACAAAGUGUAUGACAGCCCUUGGUAACUAACUGGGAUUCUGGGCUGGUAGUGCCAAUUUGAUAAUUAGUUUGUAGAUAUUUUGGGGUUAUAUAAUAAUUGUAGAAACAUUUUUGUGCU